CGAAAACUGCUCUAAUGGUGUCAAGACGACCCCAAAACGCACUCAGUGAAACAUUUUCUUUGUUUAGUAAUACCGCGCGUUUACAACUGUUUUUCUGAAUGUGGCGCCUGUGGUUCAAAUCCUAGAAUGUCGCAGUUAUUGAAGCAGACAUUCAUCAAAGAUUACCUCAAGCGUUUACAAUAUUCAGGUCCUGUUUUACCAAACCUAGAAACCUUAAAUACCCUUCAUCGUCUUCACAUACUCAACAUUCCAUUUGAAAACCUCAACAACCUUCUACAGGAAGAAUAUCUUUGCACAAAAGAAGGUUUGUACGAGAAGAUUGUGCUUGAGCAUCGAGGAGGACUUUGUCACGAGCUCAACACGUCAUUUGCAUUUUUACUAAAAGAUAUUGGGUUUAGUUUGAUUCGUGUAGAGGCAAAAGUUUAUUGUAAUUAUAUGAAAAGUUGGGCUCCUUUGCCCACCCACCAGUUGUUAAUCGUGUAUUUGGGAGAAGAAAUAUGGAUUGUAGACGUUGGUUUUGGAGAAGGUUUUGCCGUACCAUUGCGCUUCGUAGAAGACGAAAUUCAAGACGCUGAAAAUGCAAAUUACCGAAUUAAAAAAGAUCUCGACGAAGCAGGUCAAAAGUGGUUCAUUAUUGAAUCAAGCAGCAGAAAUGUCGUUGCUUUACAUCUGUCCAAUGAAGCAGAAAAAAGCGAAGAUUGCGAAUGGCAGUACAUAUACAAAUUCAACCUUACACCCCGUUCUAUUCAGCAUUUCAGUAACGCCAGAAAUAUGACCCUCAAAUCUCCAAGUUCAACUUUUAACCAAGGUCUUGUGUGUACUCUGCUCCGACCUUGGGGAAGAAUAACUAUUUCUAGAUACAAGUUGAUAAAGAAGUACGUAAAAAACAAGGAAAUAUCCCGAAAGGAAGUGAAGAUGUUAGAAAACCAAGAAGAAGUGAUGUCAGUCCUGGAGAGUGAAUUUGGGAUAAAAAUACAACAUUUUGAAACCCCUCUAAAACUUGCGUAGGUCUCGAACCUUUUUUAAUUUUUGAAGGUUGAAAAAAUUGCAAUUCUAAAUUCUCUCUGUAUUAUCAAAAUUGGCCUUGUAACCUCAUUUUUUAAUUAAGAAGGUCUGUAACAGAGCGAUUAAUUUCUUACUGCGCAUGUCAAGGAAGACGGCGACUGUUUAGACCUGUCGAUUGGGGGUGUUCCAUUUUGGGGCAAAAGAUUCGUAUUUGAAAAAAGGGAGGGAGACUCCUUUCUUACAAUUUGUGACCAGUGAGACGAAGAGUAUAAGUGUCUGGAUUCAAAUACGAGAAUGUCACAUCA